CACCUCCUUAUGUCUACAGCUCCCCACCACCACCACCAUACAUAUACGGUUCUCCACCCCCACCACCAUACUACUCACCUUCUCCUAAGGUAGACUACAAGUCUCCACCACCUCCUUACGUAUACAGUUCUCCUCCACCUCCACCAAUGUAUUCGCCAUCUCCUAAAGUGGAUUAUAAAUCCCCACCACCUCCUUACGUCUACAGCUCACCACCACCGCCAUACUAUUCACCUUCUCCAAAGGUGGAUUACAAAUCUCCACCACCUCCUUACGUGUAUAGCUCGCCACCACCACCACCCUACAUAUACAGUUCUCCACCCCCACCACCAUACUACUCACCUUCUCCUAAGGUAGACUACAAGUCUCCACCACCUCCUUACGUAUACAGUUCUCCUCCACCUCCACCAAUGUAUUCGCCAUCUCCUAAAGUGGAUUAUAAAUCCCCACCACCUCCUUACGUCUACAGUUCACCACUACCGCCAUACUAUUCACCUUCUCCAAAGGUGGAUUACAAAUCUCCACCACCUCCUUACGUGUAUAGCUCGCCACCACCACCAUAUUACUCACCUUCUCCAAAGGUGGACUACAAAUCUCCACCACCUCCUUAUGUCUACAGCUCCCCACCACCACCACCAUACAUAUACGGUUCUCCACCCCCACCACCAUACUACUCACCUUCUCCUAAGGUAGACUACAAGUCUCCACCACCUCCUUACGUAUACAGUUCUCCUCCACCUCCACCAAUGUAUUCGCCAUCUCCUAAAGUGGAUUAUAAAUCCCCACCACCUCCUUACGUCUACAGCUCACCACCACCGCCAUACUAUUCACCUUCUCCAAAGGUGGAUUACAAAUCUCCACCACCUCCUUACGUGUAUAGCUCGCCACCACCACCAUAUUACUCACCUUCUCCAAAGGUGGACUACAAAUCUCCACCACCUCCUUAUGUCUACAGCUCCCCACCACCACCACCAUACAUAUACGGUUCUCCACCCCCACCACCAUACUACUCACCUUCUCCUAAGGUAGACUACAAGUCUCCACCACCUCCUUACGUAUACAGUUCUCCUCCACCUCCACCAAUGUAUUCGCCAUCUCCUAAAGUGGAUUAUAAAUCCCCACCACCUCCUUACGUCUACAGCUCACCACCACCGCCAUACUAUUCACCUUCUCCAAAGGUGGAUUACAAAUCUCCACCACCUCCUUACGUGUAUAGCUCGCCACCACCACCAUAUUACUCACCUUCUCCAAAGGUGGACUACAAAUCUCCACCACCUCCUUAUGUCUACAGCUCCCCACCACCACCACCAUACAUAUACGGUUCUCCACCCCCACCACCAUACUACUCACCUUCUCCUAAGGUAGACUACAAGUCUCCACCACCUCCUUACGUAUACAGUUCUCCUCCACCUCCACCAAUGUAUUCGCCAUCUCCUAAAGUGGAUUAUAAAUCCCCACCACCUCCUUACGUCUACAGCUCACCACCACCGCCAUACUAUUCACCUUCUCCAAAGGUGGAUUACAAAUCUCCACCACCUCCUUACGUGUAUAGCUCGCCACCACCACCAUAUUACUCACCUUCUCCAAAGGUGGACUACAAAUCUCCACCACCUCCUUAUGUCUACAGCUCCCCACCACCACCACCAUACAUAUACGGUUCUCCACCCCCACCACCAUACUACUCACCUUCUCCUAAGGUAGACUACAAGUCUCCACCACCUCCUUACGUAUACAGUUCUCCUCCACCUCCACCAAUGUAUUCGCCAUCUCCUAAAGUGGAUUAUAAAUCCCCACCACCUCCUUACGUCUACAGCUCACCACCACCGCCAUACUAUUCACCUUCUCCAAAGGUGGAUUACAAAUCUCCACCACCUCCUUACGUGUAUAGCUCGCCACCACCACCAUAUUACUCACCUUCUCCAAAGGUGGACUACAAAUCUCCACCACCUCCUUAUGUCUACAGCUCCCCACCACCACCACCAUACAUAUACGGUUCUCCACCCCCACCACCAUACUACUCACCUUCUCCUAAGGUAGACUACAAGUCUCCACCACCUCCUUACGUAUACAGUUCUCCUCCACCUCCACCAAUGUAUUCGCCAUCUCCUAAAGUGGAUUAUAAAUCCCCACCACCUCCUUACGUCUACAGCUCACCACCACCGCCAUACUAUUCACCUUCUCCAAAGGUGGAUUACAAAUCUCCACCACCUCCUUACGUGUAUAGCUCGCCACCACCACCAUAUUACUCACCUUCUCCAAAGGUGGACUACAAAUCUCCACCACCUCCUUAUGUCUACAGCUCCCCACCACCACCACCAUACAUAUACGGUUCUCCACCCCCACCACCAUACUACUCACCUUCUCCUAAGGUAGACUACAAGUCUCCACCACCUCCUUACGUAUACAGUUCUCCUCCACCUCCACCAAUGUAUUCGCCAUCUCCUAAAGUGGAUUAUAAAUCCCCACCACCUCCUUACGUCUACAGCUCACCACCACCGCCAUACUAUUCACCUUCUCCAAAGGUGGAUUACAAAUCUCCACCACCUCCUUACGUGUAUAGCUCGCCACCACCACCAUAUUACUCACCUUCUCCAAAGGUGGACUACAAAUCUCCACCACCUCCUUAUGUCUACAGCUCCCCACCACCACCACCAUACAUAUACGGUUCUCCACCCCCACCACCAUACUACUCACCUUCUCCUAAGGUAGACUACAAGUCUCCACCACCUCCUUACGUAUACAGUUCUCCUCCACCUCCACCAAUGUAUUCGCCAUCUCCUAAAGUGGAUUAUAAAUCCCCACCACCUCCUUACGUCUACAGCUCACCACCACCGCCAUACUAUUCACCUUCUCCAAAGGUGGAUUACAAAUCUCCACCACCUCCUUACGUGUAUAGCUCGCCACCACCACCAUAUUACUCACCUUCUCCAAAGGUGGACUACAAAUCUCCACCACCUCCUUAUGUCUACAGCUCCCCACCACCACCACCAUACAUAUACGGUUCUCCACCCCCACCACCAUACUACUCACCUUCUCCUAAGGUAGACUACAAGUCUCCACCACCUCCUUACGUAUACAGUUCUCCUCCACCUCCACCAAUGUAUUCGCCAUCUCCUAAAGUGGAUUAUAAAUCCCCACCACCUCCUUACGUCUACAGCUCACCACCACCGCCAUACUAUUCACCUUCUCCAAAGGUGGAUUACAAAUCUCCACCACCUCCUUACGUGUAUAGCUCGCCACCACCACCAUAUUACUCACCUUCUCCAAAGGUGGACUACAAAUCUCCACCACCUCCUUAUGUCUACAGCUCCCCACCACCACCACCAUACAUAUACGGUUCUCCACCCCCACCACCAUACUACUCACCUUCUCCUAAGGUAGACUACAAGUCUCCACCACCUCCUUACGUAUACAGUUCUCCUCCACCUCCACCAAUGUAUUCGCCAUCUCCUAAAGUGGAUUAUAAAUCCCCACCACCUCCUUACGUCUACAGCUCACCACCACCGCCAUACUAUUCACCUUCUCCAAAGGUGGAUUACAAAUCUCCACCACCUCCUUACGUGUAUAGCUCGCCACCACCACCAUAUUACUCACCUUCUCCAAAGGUGGACUACAAAUCUCCACCACCUCCUUAUGUCUACAGCUCCCCACCACCACCACCAUACAUAUACGGUUCUCCACCCCCACCACCAUACUACUCACCUUCUCCUAAGGUAGACUACAAGUCUCCACCACCUCCUUACGUAUACAGUUCUCCUCCACCUCCACCAAUGUAUUCGCCAUCUCCUAAAGUGGAUUAUAAAUCCCCACCACCUCCUUACGUCUACAGCUCACCACCACCGCCAUACUAUUCACCUUCUCCAAAGGUGGAUUACAAAUCUCCACCACCUCCUUACGUGUAUAGCUCGCCACCACCACCAUAUUACUCACCUUCUCCAAAGGUGGACUACAAAUCUCCACCACCUCCUUAUGUCUACAGCUCCCCACCACCACCACCAUACAUAUACGGUUCUCCACCCCCACCACCAUACUACUCACCUUCUCCUAAGGUAGACUACAAGUCUCCACCACCUCCUUACGUAUACAGUUCUCCUCCACCUCCACCAAUGUAUUCGCCAUCUCCUAAAGUGGAUUAUAAAUCCCCACCACCUCCUUACGUCUACAGCUCACCACCACCGCCAUACUAUUCACCUUCUCCAAAGGUGGAUUACAAAUCUCCACCACCUCCUUACGUGUAUAGCUCGCCACCACCACCAUAUUACUCACCUUCUCCAAAGGUGGACUACAAAUCUCCACCACCUCCUUAUGUCUACAGCUCCCCACCACCACCACCAUACAUAUACGGUUCUCCACCCCCACCACCAUACUACUCACCUUCUCCUAAGGUAGACUACAAGUCUCCACCACCUCCUUACGUAUACAGUUCUCCUCCACCUCCACCAAUGUAUUCGCCAUCUCCUAAAGUGGAUUAUAAAUCCCCACCACCUCCUUACGUCUACAGCUCACCACCACCGCCAUACUAUUCACCUUCUCCAAAGGUGGAUUACAAAUCUCCACCACCUCCUUACGUGUAUAGCUCGCCACCACCACCAUAUUACUCACCUUCUCCAAAGGUGGACUACAAAUCUCCACCACCUCCUUAUGUCUACAGCUCCCCACCACCACCACCAUACAUAUACGGUUCUCCACCCCCACCACCAUACUACUCACCUUCUCCUAAGGUAGACUACAAGUCUCCACCACCUCCUUACGUAUACAGUUCUCCUCCACCUCCACCAAUGUAUUCGCCAUCUCCUAAAGUGGAUUAUAAAUCCCCACCACCUCCUUACGUCUACAGCUCACCACCACCGCCAUACUAUUCACCUUCUCCAAAGGUGGAUUACAAAUCUCCACCACCUCCUUACGUGUAUAGCUCGCCACCACCACCAUAUUACUCACCUUCUCCAAAGGUGGACUACAAAUCUCCACCACCUCCUUAUGUCUACAGCUCCCCACCACCACCACCAUACAUAUACGGUUCUCCACCCCCACCACCAUACUACUCACCUUCUCCUAAGGUAGACUACAAGUCUCCACCACCUCCUUACGUAUACAGUUCUCCUCCACCUCCACCAAUGUAUUCGCCAUCUCCUAAAGUGGAUUAUAAAUCCCCACCACCUCCUUACGUCUACAGCUCACCACCACCGCCAUACUAUUCACCUUCUCCAAAGGUGGAUUACAAAUCUCCACCACCUCCUUACGUGUAUAGCUCGCCACCACCACCAUAUUACUCACCUUCUCCAAAGGUGGACUACAAAUCUCCACCACCUCCUUAUGUCUACAGAGCAUACAAAUCACCACCACCGCCAUAUGUGUACAGUUCUCCCCCACCACCAUAUUACUCGCCUUCUCCCAAGCCCGCUUACAAAUCUCCACCACCACCAUAUGUAUACAGCUCCCCACCUCCACCUUAUUACUCUCCUUCACCAAAACCUGUAUACAAAUCACCACCACCACCAUAUGUUUACAACUCUCCACCACCACCAUACUAUUCACCAUCACCUAAGGUGGUAUACAAAUCUCCACCACACCCACAUGUUUGUGUUUGUCCACCUCCUCCUCCAUGUUACUCUCCUUCUCCAACACCAUAUGUUUACCAUUCUCCACCUCCCCCACCUUAUUACUCGCCUUCACCUAAACAUGCAUACAAAUCCUCACCACCACCGUACGUCUACAGUUCCCCACCACCACCGUACUACUCCCCUACUCCUAAGCAUGCAUACAAAUCUCCUCCACCACCAUACGUUUACAGCUCCCCACCACCACCAUACUACUCUCCUUCCCCUAAGCCCACAUACAAAUCUCCUCCACCACCGUAUGUCUAUAGCUCUCCACCCCCACCACCGUAUUACUCCCCUUCUCCAAAGGUUGAAUACAAAUCUCCUCCACCACCAUAUGUUUACAGCUCUCCACCUCCACCACCGUAUUACUCUCCUUCUCCAAAGGUUGAGUACAAAUCUCCUCCACCACCAUAUGUUUACAGCUCUCCUCCCCCCCCACCGUAUUAUUCUCCUUCCCCAAAGGUUGAAUACAAAUUUCCUCCACCACCAUAUGUCUACAGCUCUCCACCCCCACCACCAUAUUAUUCUCCUUCUCCAAAGGUUGAGUACAAAUCUCCUCCACCACCAUAUGUCUACAACUCUCCACCUCCACCACCAUAUUACUCUCCUUCUCCAAAGGUUGAGUACAAAUCUCCUCCACCACCUUAUGUCUACAGUUCACCACCUCCACCAUCGUAUUACUCUCCAUCACCAAAGGUUGACUACAAAUCGCCACCACCACCAUAUGUCUACACAUCUCCACCACCACCAGCAUACUCUCCAUCUCCAAAGGCCGAAUACAAAUCUCCUCCUCCACCUUCGUAUUAUUAAACUCCUUCUAUAUAAUUCAUAAAUAAGAUACCAAGUCUCAUGUGAUGUUUUGUCUUUUUAUUUUUCUUGUGCUAGUCCUUUUUAAUUUUCAAGGUUGGAAUGGAUUCUUUGGCUAUUGAAAUUUCAUUUAAAUACAUGUUUCCAUUGUCUUUUAUAUUUGUUAUGUGGUUGCCUUUAAUCCAUAUGUAAGUUUGUUGCAGUUCUAUGCAUCAUGUUCUCGACCUUAUUGUUUGGGCCAGUAUUAUUAUGCUA